AUGUGGCAUCCAUUAUUGUUCUUUGCCUUGCUGGCAACCUUCAUCUCCUAUGUCCACGCCACAGCGCUCACGUACAAACUCGCUCCAAAUGAGAAAGCCUGUUUCUUCGCCGACGUGCUACCCGCGCAAGUCAAUGGAAAGAUAGCCUUCUACUUCGCUGUCCAAUCCGGCGGCUCCUUCGACAUCGACAUCGCCGUCACCGGGCCCAACUCCAAACAGAUCCUGAGCGAGCUCAAACAACGCCAGGGUGACUACGUCUUCACCGCCCAAAACGCGGGCGAAUACAGCUUCUGCUUCACCAACAGCGCAUCCUCCUUCCCCACCGAGAAGAUGGUCGACAUGGAGAUCGCCAUCGAGAACGAGUCCCGCUCGGCCUCCUUACCCCAGAAGUCCUCGGGAACCUCGCCCGAGCAGCAUACCGCGCUCGAGGAAGCCGUGUUUAGAGUCAGUUCACAGCUGAGCACGGUGAAUCGGAUGCAGAAGUAUUUCCGCACAAGGGAGAAUCGCAAUUUCAGUACGGUGAGGAGUACGGAGGGCAGGAUUUUUAAGUUUAGUCUGGUCGAGGUGGGCAUGAUGGUGGGUAUGGCCGGGUUGCAGGUGCUGGUUGUGAGGUUCUUUUUUCAAGGGGCGAGGAAAGGUUAUGUAUAA